AUGGGCUGGUCCGCAGCGAAUAUAACUUCAUUCCCAGCUUUGAGAAAACACAGACAGAGGAAUUCAUCUUUGCAUCAAUUACACUGCAACAUCUACAGAAACUUAAGCGGGGACAGAGAUGGCCAUUCCUAUCCUGCUUCAGAGGAGUGCAGUCCUGCUCCUCUCCUUGGCAGUGACCACACCAGCAGUUCAUCUGUCAGGUAACCUUGCCUUGAAUGCUCCGUCUGUUCAGUCAUCCACUUGGGGUGGCUUGGCGGAGCAUGCAGUUGAUGGGAAGAAGAAAAGCUAUUUUCUUUUAGGCUCCUGCACCCACACCCGUACAGAGACCAAUCCCUGGUGGCGUGUCGACCUAUCCCGCCCAUAUAACAUCACCAAGGUAACCAUUACUAACCGCGGGGACUGCUGUGAAACGCGCAUCAAUGGUGCGCAAAUCCAUAUUGGCCGCAGCCUGCAAAACAACGGCAACAACAACACCCUCGUUGCUGUAAUCCAGUCCAUCGGAGGAGGUGUGUCUAAGUCAUUCCAGUUUGACCCUGUGGAAGGCCAAUACGUCAACAUCUUCCUGCCAGGCGAGCAAAACAUACUGACACUGUGUGAAGUGGACGUGUUUGCUGGAGAUGAAGAAAACAUUGCUCUGCAGCGUCAGGCUGCCCAGUCAUCGUUGUACGAUUCCAAUGGUUUCUCAAAAUAUGCGGUGGAUGGAGACAGGAAUCCCAAUUACGGUGAAAAAGGCUGCGCUCAUACCUACCAAGAGAACAACCCCUGGUUCAGAGUCGAUCUCCUAAGUAGAUUCGAUAUCACCAGGGUAACUAUCACCAACCGGAGAGAUUGUUGUGCAGAUCGUAUCCGAGGAGCUGAAAUCCGAAUUGGUGACAGCCUGGAAAACAAUGGCAACAGCAACACACGGGCUGUGAUCAUUCAGUCCAUUCCAGCAGGAGCAUCAAUUGCAUUUGACUUCCAACCCAUUAAGGGGCGAUAUGUGAAUGUGGUCUUACCUGGAAGUUUGAAGAUACUCCAACUCUGCGAAAUGGAGGUGUAUGCCAUAAUUGAAACUAAUGUUGCCCCAAGAGGAAGAGCGACCCAGUCCAGCCUGGUUCUAGGAGAGAUGUCCAGUUUUGGUCAUGCUCUUAAUGCCAUUGACGGAAACCCCAACCCAGACCAGCGCAAGGGCACCUGCUCGAUGACGGACCGUGAGACUGACCCCUGGUGGCGGGUGGACCUGCACGAGAAAUACAGGGUCUCAGCUGUGGCCCUGACCAACCCAAAGAAUGGCUCACCUAAAGGCCUGAAUGGUGUCCGCAUUCACAUCGGGAAUUCAACCAACCCUAUGGAAAAUUCCCUGUUUGCAAAAGUGACAUUUGUGCCCCUUGGUGAAACAAUGCGCUUUGAAAGCACCGAGACCGUGGAGGGGCGAUAUGUGACUGUGACCCUACUGGGGCAAGAGAGAUCCCUCAGCCUGUGUGAGGUGGAAGUCUUUGGGUCUCCAGUCUCCAGCAUAUCAAAGUAACACAAGCACAUAAAUGUGUUUUUUGAAUACUUUGAAGAAAAGAUUUUAGACAAGUUGAAGAAGUAGCAAUAACAUCAAGUCUAAAUUUACCAAUAACACAAUAAUAAGGGCAACAUUUU